CAUGGCAGUCCCCGCUUCAGUGCACUUGGCUUAGUUCAGCUAACCUGGAUCAAGUGAACAGCUCAUUAUGACUGCGGUGUUACUUUCCCUGUAUGCAUGCUUGGCUUUAGCUCUGAGCAAUGCGGCUCCAGUUCACGAUGAUGUCAUGAUAAAAGAUGCCCCUGAGGACCAUUCACAUCCUAAAGGAGAGGACCACCAUGAUGCCAAACUUGAUCGGUGUAAAGGCAUCGAGUUUGAUGCCAUCACUCCAGAUGAAAAAGGAAACACUUUCUUUUUCAAAGGUGACCAUUUAUGGAAAGGUUUCUCAGGACCAGCUGAGCUCUCAAACAGCACGUUCAAAGAACUGGAUGACUUUCAUCACCUGGGCCAUGUAGAUGCAGCCUUCCGCAUGCACCAUCAAGAUGAUCUCAAUGUUCAUGACCACAUCUACUUUUUUCUGGGUGACAAAGUCUUUAGCUAUUACAAUUACACCCUUGAGCAAGGCUACCCUAUGGAAAUCCAGCAGGACUUUCCUGGUGUCCCCAGCCAUCCAGAUGCUGCUGUUGAGUGUCCCAAAGGAGAAUGCAUCACUGAUUCAGUGCUGUUCUUCAAAGGAAAUGAAAUUUAUAGCUUUGACAUCAAGACAAAGUCGGUUAAGAAGAAGGUGUGGGCACACUUGCCAAACUGCACAUCUGCCUUUCGCUGGCAAGAGCAUUAUUACUGUUUCCAUGGUUACAACUUCACUAGAUUCCAUCCUGUUUCUGGGGAUGUGACGGGAACAUACCCAAAAGAUGCUCGAAAAUACUUUAUGAGGUGUGGUGAAGGAUUUGAUCAUGGAAGUGGUGCAAGAAGACAACGCUGCAGUGAGGUCAAGCUGAAUGCUAUCACCUCAGAUGAUAAAGGGAGAUCAUAUGCAUUCCAGGAUGCAAUGUACAUGCGUUUGGACACACACCGUGAUGGCAGCCACCAUUUCCCUAUUUCGAGGUCAUGGAAGGAAAUUUCUGGUGUGGUGGAUGCUGUUUAUAAUUAUGGAGAUAAUAUGUACAUUAUCCAGGGUGAUCAAGUCUAUAUCUACAAGUCAGUAGCACAUUACACGCUCAUAGAGGGCUACCCUAAACCUCUGAAGGAAGAGCUGGGCAUCGAUGGUCCCGUGGAUGCAGCAUUUUUGUGUCCAAAUCAGCACAUAGUAAACAUUAUUCAAGGUCAAAAGAUGUAUGACAUUGAUCUUGAUGCCACCCCUCGAGCUGUUAAAAUGGAGAGACCUAUUCCCUUCCCCAAAAUUGAUGCUGGCUUCUGUGAUGCUGAUGGUGUAAAGGUGUUUAUUGGCCCAGAAUACUAUUCAUAUCAAAGCCCAAUGAUUCUAGCUAUGGGCAAGAUCAAACCUCCACCUCAAAUGAUCUCUCCAGAAAAAUUUGGCUGUGAAAAAUAAAAGCAAGGCAAGAAAAGAGCUUCAAUUCAAUUUGAUUAAAUUCGAUUAAAGUCAAUUAAAGUCAAUUCAAUUCAAGUCAAGUCAACACUUUAUUUAUCGCUUAGGGGCAAUUCACAAGGUCACAUGGAGUAACAUAAGCAAUAUAUAUAUAAAAAGAAAUAAAUAAAUGUAUGUGUAUACAACAAUGUGCAAAUAAAAUAAAUUAAAGAGGAAAGUCACUGCGUAGUAAACGGGGAUCAGAGAUGGUUGGAGGUUUAAAAGCUGCACCUCUUAAGGGACAAAGGUUGCCUUCCUCCUUUGUGUUCUGCACCCUGGACAGUUAAGCCAUCAUCCUGAGGGGAGCCACUCAAAAACAGAAAACAGGACAUGUGAAGGUAUGAUCCUUGUAUGAUCCUGCCAGCUAACCUCAGCAUUUGCUGUUCACUCACAGAAAGAGUCCUGACAGGAAGUCCAAUAAUUUUUUGCAAACUUUAACUGUAAGAUCCAAACGAUUUCUAUUUUGAAGACUGAUAGAAUGGAACCAGCAGACAAUGGAGAAUGUGAUGACACUUUCUAUGUAAGAAUAGUAGAACAUAAUGAGAGUCUUCUUACUGACACCAAAGGAGUUGAGCUUCCUCAAAAGGUACUGUCGCUGCUGGCAUUUCCUCAAUAUCUCCUCAAUUUCAACAGAUUGUCAAAAAUUGUACCGAGGUACUUGUACGUCUCAACAAUCUCAAUAGGCUUUGGCUGCCAAAACCUUCUGCCUCUGCUUAUUAGAAAAGGUUACUACCAUCUCUUUAGACUACCUCACAUGUAAUUCCAAACUGGAGUUAUCACACCACUCAACAAAUUCUUGAAGAACUAGGCCAUGCUGUUGUGAGCAAACUUUAUUAAAUGGCAAUUGGGUUGAGUUGACCUACAAUCAUCGGUAUACAAAAUAGAAAGCAGAGGGGUUUCUGAUAAUCAGUCAUUGUCACAAGCUGCUUAAUGAUUUUGAUGCAUUUCUUGUACUAAUAAAAUGACACUUGUCUGGCAUA